AUGAAACUGAGCAACCAAACUCAGCUUUCCGAAUUCCUUCUCCUGGGAUUCUCAGAGAACCCAGCACUGCAGCCUAUCAUCUUUGAGUUAUUCCUCUCCAUGCACCUGGUCACUCUCAGUGGGAACCUGCUCAUCAUCCUGGCCAUCCUCUCAGACCCACACCUCCACACACCCAUGUACUUCUUCCUCACCAACCUGUCAAUGGUGGACAUUUGCUUUACCACCACCACCAUCCCCAAGAUGUUAGUGAACAUCCAGAUGCACAGCAAAGCCAUCAGCUAUGCAGGAUGCAUCACACAGAUGUUCUUUUUCAUAUUGUUUGGUGGUUUGGAUGACUUUAUCCUGACUGUAAUGGCCUAUGACCGAUUUGUGGCCAUCUGUCACCCCCUACACUACAUGGUCAUCAUGAAUUCCCAGCUCUGUACGCAGCUGGUUCUGGUGUGCUGGACCAUCAAUGUCCUGGAUGGUGUCUUACACAGCUUACUGGUCCUGAGGCUGAGAUUCAGCACACACAUGGAAAUUCCUCACUUCUUCUGUGAGACAAAUCAGGUGGUCCACAGAGCCUGUUCUGACACCUUUCUCAAUGACCUCAUGAUGGAUUUUGCAACUGUGCUAUUUUUAGUUGGUCCAUUAACUGGGAUUCUAUUCUCCUACUCCAAGAUCAUCUCCUCCAUUUGUGCCAUCUCCUCAGCUCAGGGAAAGCAUAAAGCCUUUUCCACCUGUGCCUCGCACCUCUCUGCCAUCUUUCUAUUUUAUGGCACAAGCAUAGGUUUGUACCUCAGUGCCAGUGCUGCCCCAAGUUCAGCCUCAACUGUAGCAGCCUUGAAGAUGUACACAGUGGUCACCCCCAUGCUGAACUCCUUCAUCUACAGCCUGAGGAACACAGACAUGAAGAAGGCUAUAAAAAAACUGUUGUUCCAUAAAUGA